AAUUUUCCGACAGCAACACAACAAAGAGUAAAAAAGCGAAAUUAAUGUCAGAAAAUAUAUAAAUCGCAAGAAUCGAAUAACACGCUGGAUUAAAGUGUUCUAACAACUGCAACAAGUGCAUACAGUGAAAAGUGAUUAAAAAAUCGAAAUAAAACAAACGCAACUCGCAGAGAUAUACCAAAAAUAUAUAAAGAUUUAAUUUCUUUAACUAAUAAACUAAAUAAAAAACUAAAAACCUCGCAAGUAACCGGUACGACCGUGUAAUAACCGCCAAGAUUCUACUCAAGGAGCGUAAAGCAAUCAUCUCGAGAAUGAAGUCGUUGACGGCCGUUUGCCAGACGACGACAGGUGCCUCCGGCAUGCCGGCCUUGAGCGCCAAUAGUGGGCGCAUUUCGCGCCACCCACCGCAUCGCGGCGACGGCGAAAAUGCCGAGAUGAAGAUGUAUCUCUCCAAGCUGAAGGAUCUCGUCCCGUUCAUGCCCAAGAACCGCAAACUGUCCAAGCUGGAGAUCAUCCAGCAUGUCAUCGAUUACAUCUGCGAUCUCCAAACGGAACUGGAGACACAUCCCGAAAUGGGUAACUUUGAUGCGGCGGCCGCUUUGACGGCAGUCAAUGGUCUCCACGACGACGAGGACACCGACAUGGAGGAUGCGGAUGCGGAUGCGGAUGCAGAGACCACCUCCGAGGCGGAUGUGCUUGCACAGCGUCUUAGCGCCGAACAGCAGGCAAAAGUAUCUAGUCCCGCCGCCCGUCUCCCGCUCAGCGAUCGCCAAACGCCCAACACGCUCCUCGUGGCGCCCGCUCAUCAGCAGCAGCAGCAGCAGCAGCAGCAGCAGCAGCAACAACUGCAACAGCAGCAGCAGCAAUCACAGCAGCAGCAACUGUCCAACAGUUUAGCAACGCCAGCGGAGAAGGACAGCAGGCAGUCGUAAGCUGUGGGGAGAACCUAUGGAACCUAUAUAAACUUAUUAACUAAAUGCAUAAUUAAAGUACAGUCAACUCCACUCGCAAACCUUCGUGUGAAGAUCUCCGCAUAAAAUAAAUAUAUAUUAAAAACUCUCAAGAAGAACCACAAACUACAUAAAAAGCCGGGGCUCAGAACUCUCUUUCAACUCUCUCCCUUAAUUCUCUUAAUUUGAGAUUUAAAUAAGUUUAAGAAGAGAGCUCGGCUCAAGCAUUUCACACACACAAACACAUUGAAAGAGUUUAGUUUAAACAUUUAAUAACACACACAAACAAAAACACCUAGCAUUAGAGCAUCGUAAGCAAGUAAACAUAAUAAUUAAUAAUAUUAAACAUUAACUAGGAUGGCGCUUAAGAAUGAAUGAAGAGAAAACUUGGCAAAGCUUUAAACAAUUUAAUUUUUUCCUUUUUUAAACGCUUGAAAUUAAUCGAAGCAUAUAUAAUUUUGUUUUCCUAAUUUUAGUUUUGUUUUGGUUUAAACAACGC